AUGGAUAUUAGCUUUGGAAACGCGUGCCCCGUUCCCACAUUUAUUUCUUCCUCACAAGCUCAGGAGAUCGAUAAAAGACUCUUGGACAUUGGCUACACUAUAGGCCAAUUGGUAGAAUUGGCAGGAUUGUCAAUCUCUCAGGCCAUUUAUCAUUACUAUCCUCCCUCAAAGGAUAUCCAUAAGAAGCCCAUAAUUUUAAUUGGACCGGGAAAUAACGGUGCAGACGGGCUUGUCGUUGCUAGACACUUGGCCAGGUAUGGCUAUAUGCCUACACUUGUGAUUGUGAAGCAAUUUUCGCCCGCAUCGCUAAAUUCUUCACUUUUGAAAAUAUGCGAACACCUGAACAUUUGCAUUGUAGAUUCGCUAUCAAAAGCAGCGCAUUGUGGCUUUAUUAUCGAUGCUGUUUUAGGAUUUGGCUCAACAGGAAGCGUCAUUAAAGAGCCAUAUGGAACCCUGAUUGACCAAGUGGUGCAAAUAAACCCCUCACUUCUGAUAUCGAUUGAUGUCCCGACCGGUUGGUUAGUGGAUCAUGACAAUUCAAACAGAGCUGGGCUAAUUCGGCCGCAUACGCUGAUCAGUCUAACUCUUCCGGUGCGUGCAUAUUUACCUUAUUGCAGAAAUUGUUUGCCAAAUCGUUUAAGGGGCUUCAUAUUCUGGUUGCAGAUCUACUGA